AUGGCAGAACCAUGUAUCCUCAGCAUUGAAGACAGUCUGAAGCAACAGCUACAAGAAGCACCACAGGCACCGUCAGUCGACAGCGCGCCACCCGCCAGCCCGAUCAGUCGCAUCGAGUCGCCCACGUGCACCGUCGUCGUGGUGGGAGGAGCCGAUCUGAUUCGCGACGCCGAUGGAGGGACGACGAUCAGCGGGGCCAUCACGCCACGGGCGCUCUGUGAGCAUCAUUCCGUCACCGUGGGCAACGUGACCCCCGUAGCCAGCGCCGGCGAUGGCAAGCAAGCCAUCGACGAGGACUCCCGCCAGCGGCUGCUCCGCAUGGACAGUCAUGAUAGUGAUGACGUUGAUGUUAGCACCCAAGAGGAUCAGCACCACCUGCAGCAGCAAACGCAGCAGCAGCGACAGGAAUGUCCCAUCAUGAUGGAGACCCCGGCCGUUGAUCGGAGCGAAGCGCACGAACUGAGCGGGAGCGUGAGGUUACUCGCCGCGAACGGUGGUGCCCGGGACCCGGCGGCCGGUCCCGGCGGAAAGCUGGUGAUUAUCCGGGAAAAGUUGGCCACGGCCAAACCGAAGCGCCUGAGCGAUGAGUUCUUCUCGGCGGAUGACGAUAACGAGGACGACGAGGAGGAGGAGGAGGACGAAGACCGUGAGGAGGACGAGGAGCGGACAUCGUCGUGCGUGCAGGCGAUCGACGAUGUGGGCGAUUGCGAUGCUAACGCCAGUUUGAACGAAAUUAAAAAUCUCAGCAUCACCGGCAGCAGCAGCGGCGAGAACGUUCGCCGUCGACACUCGCGUCAUCGUCGACCGGAAAAUGGCGAGGACGACGAGGAAACUGCUUCUACUAGCAGCCAACCGCUCGGCGGUGGCGGCGGCAGUGGCGAUACAGCGGAGGAUGACGACGAGGGGGAAGAGGAAAACGUGGCGCCAAACGAGGAAGAUGACGAGCUUCUUCUGGACGAUGUGCAAUCGAUGGACGCGAUCGAGCGGCGCGACUUUGAGCAGGAGCAGCGACUGACGGGUGGCUUUUUGCUCAGAAACAGAUCCCUGAUAUCUGCCGAUAGACUGAAUUUAGAAUUUAUAAAUACAAUCCACAACAACAACCAGCAGCAGCCUUCGAGCCACGAUGGGCCGCCCGCGCAGGCGUCCUCGUCUCACCAUCAGCCACAAGCAUCUGUCGAAGGGCUCGCCAAACACCAAGCCACGGAUGAGGUGGAGGAGGCCAGUUUUCCGGCCGCGGACGAGCUGGAAGAGAACGGGCUGGAGGAGAUCGUACGGUCUUCGCCGACACCGUCGACGGGAAUGGCCACACAGCUUACAACAACGCCAACUAGUAGUAGAUAUCAAUACAAACACGAUCCUCACCAGCAGCAGCAGCAGCAUCGUAACGGCGUUACAUCGGGCAGCAGUAACGGGAAGAUCGAUGGCGAUAGCUUUAGUAGUAGUUAUAGUAGAACAAAUGAGAACAAUAGUACAACCAAGCGUGCAGUGAACAAGCUAACGAGGAACCUGUCCGCUAGUUUAGCCAAUUGCAGUAAGGACGAUGGCUACGAUGGCGUUGACGCCGGCCAGGCGGAAGAUGCCACGGAAGCACCAUCGAAUUCCCUGUCGUCGUCGGUGUCCUCGCUGGCAUCCUCGUUGCACGAAUCAUUCAACGGCGCUUCCGGGAAAGGACAGCGGCAGCAGCAGCAGCAGCAGCCUUCCGAUGUCUUCCUGAAUGCAAACUCCAACGAUAGCCUGUCGUCGGAGCAAUCCGUUUACGUGGCCCGAGACGGCAUGGCAGAGGCAAAGACAGCGGUGGACGCCGAAAGCGGUUUAGUGGCGGAUCUGCUGCCGCACACGGAAGAGAUCAUAGCGCACGAUCCGUGCUCCAGUUCGUCCGCUUCGUAUUCCUCUUCGUCGUCUCCGGCGCCCUCACAAACGCAACCACACAACAGUGACGUGACGAUGGAUGGGUCCACUUCAUCGUCCUCCUCGAUACUACCGCCAACGGCUUCACUGUCUUCGGCAAUGUCGAUCGGACCGGGUUGCUCCUCCGGCUCACCGACGGGUGCCGUCGAAAAGCGCGACCCGCAAAGCACUCAGCAACCGGAAGCGAAUGGUUGCCCCUCGUCGGGUAGCAGUGGCAGCACCACACAGCCCUCGACGAGCUCUGCUUUCAGUUGUCCCUUUUCGAAGGAUGUCAAAGCGACUAACAGCAAGUCGGCCACUAACGAUGCUGCGCCGGCCGCUGGUGCCGCCGCCGUUGCUGCGUACCAGCAGUGCGACGCCAGCACCAAUACGUCGAACUCGCCGGAAUCGAGUGAACCGGAAAUCGAUGAGGAAGAUUGGGCCGACUGCGAGGAAGGGACGGACGAGGAAGUGUGCACGUGCCGUGACUACACCGACGAGGAUGGGUUCGCGACGAGCGAAGAUGAGCUGCCGUCGCGGGAUGUCGAUCUCUCGAGCUACACCCAGCUCGACGCGAUCUCCGAAGAUCUGCUGCCCGAUGCGCAGACUCCGCGACUUCACCGUAAACGGAAGUUGACCGAAAAUCGCAACCUGUUUGGCGAUACGGCCGUCGGUAGUCCGUCGGCGAACGCAGAGUCGCUCAACUACACCAGCCGCAAGCGCCUGGCUCUGGAUGCGGCGGCCACAUCGACGGCAGUCACUUCCGGUGCUGGGUCGUUGACGGUAGCGACCGUUACAACACCCAGGUCGUCCACACUGCGCAGUCCAAUGAAUAUGGCAACGACACCAACUUCAUCCGUAUCGGGAGAACGCAAGACCCCUAGAACCAUUAUACCGACCAAAGAUAAUCCUCCUCCGGAGCUGAACGAGUGGCUGCUCCAGUUCCAGCGAUGGACGCACGUGGAGCGGCUGGUGGCGGUGGACCGCUUGAUCGAGCACUGCGAACCGACGCAAGUUCGCCACAUGAUGAAGGUGAUCGAGCCACAGUUUCAGCGUGAUUUCAUCUCGCUCCUCCCGAAGGAGCUCGCCCUCCAGGUGCUGUCGUAUCUCGAUCCCAAGGACCUUCUGCGUGCCGCCCAGACGUGCAGCAGCUGGCGCUUCCUGGCGGACGACAAUCUACUGUGGAAGGAAAAGUGCAAGGCAAGCGGUAUCGUCGUGGAACCGUCAACCGAUCGCCCGAAGCGGGGACGCACGGGCAACAUGCCGCCCAUUUCGUCGCCCUGGAAGGCGGCCUACAUGCGGCAGCACAUCAUCGAGAUGAACUGGCGAUCGCGCCCGAUCCGCACGGCGAAGGUACUGAAGGGUCACGACGAUCACGUCAUUACGUGCCUUCAAUUCUGCGGCAACCGCAUCGUGUCCGGUUCCGAUGACAAUACGCUCAAAGUUUGGUCCGCCAUUACGGGCAAGUGCCUUCGAACACUCACUGGCCAUACGGGGGGCGUGUGGUCAUCGCAGAUGGCCGGCAAUAUUAUCAUCUCGGGCAGCACCGAUCGAACGCUGCGCGUCUGGAACGCUGAAACCGGCCAGUGUAUGCACAUUCUGCACGGACACACAUCAACCGUGCGCUGCAUGCAUCUCCAUGGCAACAAAGUGGUCAGCGGGUCUCGUGACGCGACGUUGCGCGUGUGGGACGUCAACCUAGGGACAUGUCUGCACAUGUUGGUGGGCCAUUUGGCUGCGGUACGGUGCGUGCAGUACGACGGUAAGCUGAUCGUUUCCGGUGCGUACGAUUACAUGGUGAAAGUGUGGAACCCGGAGCGUCAGGAGUGUCUGCACACGCUGCAAGGACACACCAACCGAGUUUAUUCGCUGCAGUUCGAUGGGGUGCACGUGGUUUCCGGGUCGCUGGACACUUCGAUACGCGUAUGGGAUGCCGAGACGGGCUCCUGCAAACACGCACUGAUGGGCCACCAGAGCCUUACGUCCGGCAUGGAACUGCGGCAGAACAUUCUCGUUUCCGGCAACGCCGAUUCCACCGUCAAGGUGUGGGACAUCAUCACUGGGCAGUGCUUGCAGACUCUGUCUGGCCCCAACAAGCACCAGUCGGCCGUCACCUGUCUGCAGUUCAAUACGCGUUUCGUCAUCACCAGCUCGGACGAUGGGACCGUGAAGUUGUGGGACGUAAAGACUGGCGAUUUUAUCCGCAAUCUGGUUGCACUGGAAUCGGGCGGAACCGGUGGCGUCGUGUGGCGCAUUCGCGCCAACGAUACGAAACUGAUUUGCGCCGUCGGCUCGCGCAACGGAACGGAAGAAACCAAACUGAUGGUACUGGAUUUCGAUGUAGAAGGUGCCUGCCUGAAAUGCUCAUAGUUAGUAAGCACGAAAAACUGAUCGACCCGGAGGUCAUCUAUUCCAUCCCCGAUUCCCAACUCAUGCGCCCCUCCCACCAAUCCUGGCUGCUCCGCCUUCCCGAUCCAAGUCCUUGCCAUUUUACAAUGAUACAAAUGCUUCUUUAACAGCGAGCACGAACCGAUCGCGCUUUGUCGUCCCUUCAAGAUCGCAACAACUCACGCACGCAACUCACACAAGUUAGGAUAAUGUAUUUAAAAAUUAAGCAUUACGAAACGCAGGGGGCAGCAGCAUUGGAAGAAGGAUGGUAUGGCUGCAUCGGUAACGAUGAGCCCGUAUGAUAUGCUAUAAACAUGUACAACAAGACCACAGGAAGAGGUUCUCCUCAGAAUCCCGUCGACAUCUUCUCCCCGGUUUAGGCUUCGUUUAUCGGAUCGAAAGCAAAUGUUCGAUGAAGGUGAUGAUCCCGUGGUCGGUACGAAACGCUGGUCCAUUUUGGAUGAUUCCGAAGUUUAAAAGAAUGCAGAACACAUGGCUUUUCGGGCAGCAGAACUCAAAAUUCCCCCCAGUCCCUUGAUAUACUUUAUCGCCUCUUGCGCGCUGCGCCAUUAACUUGGCGACCGAAGGGCCUCAUGCAAUAACGAUAGAUCUCAACGGAUUCUACCCAAAUAGUUGUAUAUGCUGCUUCUGAAUCGACACAUCCGGUACUGCCGUCUGUCGCAAUCGCACCUCCGCUACGUGUGGUGUACAGGGUUUUCAUUUAUAAAGUUUAGCUCAUAAUAUAGUGAAUUUUUCUUAUAGUUAAUAUUUCAUCGCUCCUCGUUGCCCGCAUGGGUGGGUUCUUUUAGGUUUUUAUUACCGUUUGUCGUCCUCCGCGUGUGUGUGCGUGUGUAACUCCCCCUAUCCGUUAGUUUUGUGUCGAAAUUCACAAUCACUGUUGUUGAGUUUUACGUUGUUUUUAGUCUUUUCUUACGGCGCCAGAUGUUGAUGCUCUUUUUAGCGGUUGUUUCGAUCUUUUACUCGCCGUACACCCCAAAAACUCGGGGCAGAUCGGCAUUGUUGUAUUGUUACAUUCCUUUCCCCAUUUAUGUUGAGAGUUGCGAAAAAAAACCCUUUGUUUAAAUUGUCUGUUAAAUUGUGUUAGAUCUUGACCUCAACUCAACUCGAUUGCACUUCGUUGAAUCUAUUGUUUGGUCUGUGGCCUUUUAGUCCGUUGGGUCGACUCGCUACUACUAAUAAUCGCACUGCCAUGUGAAAUGUGUGUUCAACAUUCUUUUAAAGUUUCGCCAGUCAAACACGGAACGGAAAGCCACGAAAACAGGUUGCGGAUCGAUUACGGAAAAGAGGACAGAGUGCGGAAAUCAACGCAGAUGAUCGUUUAAUAAGGCUCACGGAACAUUCACGAACCAUGCUUUAUUUUUACCCAACGUUAGUUUGUAGUGUAGUCAGCAAAACAAUACAAGAAACAUUAACAAAUGAGACACCGUGUCUGUAUGUGUAGCGAAGGCAAUAUGUAACUAUAGCUGGGGCGAGGACAACCAAUGCGCGAGGUGUUGGCAAAUAGGAACCAGAAAUUGAGGUAUAGGACGUUAGGCUCCUCGGAACAAAUAGGGAACCCCGCUAAGGAAACGGCAUUCUGUGUAGAAGAAGCCAUAGAGAACCAUAGACCUAUAGAGGAAGUUGUCGCCCUUCCAUCGUUGGGCGCCUGUCGGUCCUAAUCACAAAAAUCGGACCCCAAUCGGCUUAUGCGGUACCGCAGAGGAAACAAGUACAUCUGAAGUAGGAGCGUUCAAAAGCACCAUUUUUCUACUCUUAUCACAGCAAAACUGCACGAGAGCCCUAGUGCUCUAGCGAUUUUGUUUUCCAUUUCUGUUGGAUGCUUUUUUCCCUGGUUAUUUUUAGUUAAACCCAGCAUAGAGGGGUGCCAGUAAUGGGUGCGUCGUUACUCUUUAGUUAUAUUCUCUUUGCCCGAAGUCCCCUUUUUUAAAGUCUGUUCUUUGAUGUAAGUGUUCAACAAUUAAGUUUUUAGUUUUUCCCUCUAUGAAGCUGCUAAUUUUGUAUUGCAACACACAUCAUGUGCUUCUGGUGCACUGUGUGGAAAUUGCGUAGUCCACGGCAAGCCGAAGAAAAUGGCAAAAAGGAACUUCAAUAACACAAAA